AUGGCAACGUUUUCUAAUUGGAAAAGAGACAGAGGAGAUCAAAGUUUUAUGCAUACAGCAGAUGUGGACAACAGACUAAACCUAUUAGAAGAUAGCCAUGUUCAUCGAGGAGAUGCCCACGACAUUUUUAAAGAUUUGGACUUCAAUGUACACAGUGAUUUUCAUGAUGUAAUCAAACAUUUGCAAAAAGGAGAAACGUUAGAUGUGUGGGCGUCGUUCAAUGAGAGAAUAGGUGACAUGCAAAAAGCUUUAAAUAUUAUGUUGGGAGAAUCCCCGAAUUCCGCUCUAAAAGCGAUCUUAAAAUAUAUUUCAUACGAAGGAAAGGCUUACAAAUUAAUCUUAAAGGAAGAACAUUUAGUAGAAAAGUAUACCGAGCAGGAGGAGACGUCAGUAUUAGCUAGUUUGAUAUGCAAGGAUACGGAAUUCCGGGCUGUCUAUACUUUAUGGCGUUGGUGUCAUGAUGCUUCUAUUGAAGAUCCCAAAGGUUUCUCUGAGUUGGCCGAAGGUGUGCAAUCUUUGAGCAAUGUUCGAAAUAUAAGAUCCGGAGUUCUACGAUCAAUUAACAACACAAACUGUGGUGCUGAUGUAGAUGCUAAUCCUACGGAUGCUGAUAAACCAUUAGAAGAACAACUCUACCGAGUCUUAUUCAGCCUCAUAAGAUGUGGAAAGAUUGACAACGCUAUUGAGUUAGUUCGACACGUAGGAAUGCCUUCUCUUGCCGUACCGUUGCACAUGUAUAAUUUCUUAGUUGAUCCCACUCUCUCGCCUCUCUCAGCUAAAGAUAGCAAGGCGUCAAUACCUGCAAAACGGGUACUCUUCUUGGAAACAAUGAAGAAAAUGUAUCAAACUCAAACUGGGGCUACUCCGUAUUUGAGAAUGAUUUGGAGCUCUCUUGGUGGUCUUUUGGAACCUCUUCUUUCCAUGGCAACAAGAACCGAAGAUAGAUUGUGGUGUUAUUCCAAUGCUGUUACAUUGAACAAAUUACAAGAAGCUUGUAAUGGUUACGUGAUUGGAGAUGUGCCGUCUUCAUCUCAGACUAUCUUUGAAGAAAUUCUAGCGACUGAACGUUUGCCAUAUUUUGUGCUGUAUGAUUUAAUCCUACGAAAGGAAUGGGCUGAAGUUGUAUCGUGGGCUGCACAAAUUGUCAGGUCUUCUCCAGAUAUGGAUAAUCAACUUUUACGGUUUUUAUCCAAUUUGACGUCAAUAGUUAUUAUCAAGCAAAUGAACCAUUCUGCUGAAGAUGUUCAUGACGUGCUGAACGCUUAUAUCGAAAGGUUAGCGGAUAGAGAAAUGUACGAGUUUAUCCCAACCUAUGCAUCUUUUCUUCCAUAUCCCAUGUCUGUACAACUACUUCUUAAAAUCAUGUCAGUUAUUCGAGGAGACGAAGAACGAAUGAAAUAUUUGAAAGCAAUUGAUGACGCAGGCUUCAACCGGGAUGAUCUGACAAUAUUAUCCGCCCAAAAAGAAUUGCACGAUACAUCAGCUCAUGACCUAUUGGACAACCUUAAAUGGCUUAUCCUGAACGGUGAAAGGACACUGCCAUCUCUGGUGGAGCAGACAAACAACUUAUUCCGUCAUUUCAUAGCUGGUGGCGAUUUGGAGUCGGCUUAUGCUUUAAUGAAUAGUACAAGCUCUUCAGACAUUGAUUUACCGACCAUGCUAACAAAUAUUGACGUCAAAAGUGUGAGUGCCAAGUUUGAAUCGGAAAUCAAUGAAUAUAAUUGUCAUCAUCAAUACAUGGAGACUCACAAUACGUGUGAGAAACUGGCUGAUCUUGCGAUGAAACUCAUGAAGUAUCAAGUGCAGAAUUUACAGAAAAGCAUUUUGAAUGAAAAUGACGAUGAUUGGAAAAGUAUGGAUCUUGUUCAAACAACUGGAAGGGCUCUAGAGGAAAGUCAAAAGCAGAAAGAACUGAGAAAAAAACUUGCCAGCAUAGGAAUAAUUGAAGAGCGAGCACUUGAAAUGAGCGAACAGCUGUUCCGACACGAUGGAUGGCGAUUUAGCUCUCCCGAUGAGCCUGAGAGAUCAAAGCAACUAACACAACUAAGAGAUCAAUGUGGAACGGAUAUUUUGGAGACAUUGAUAAACUCCUUGCAUGAAAUUCCUGAUAGCAAAGCAAUUGUGGAAAUCGCUAUGCUUUUAGCCGACUCAACUUUAGACGUUGAAAACAUGUUAUCACGAUCCAACUUAAGGAAAAUCUUAUCUCAAAUUCAUAACUAUACCGGUCAUUUGUUUAGCUAA